UGAAUGGAGCCAUCCUUCUUUGGUUUUUUCCCCUCAAUCAUGCGCUCUUCUUCUUGAUAUAUGAGUUAAGAUGCUUGUGAAUGCUUUUGAGAUAUUAUGAUGCGGUCAAACGGUCCAGCUUCCAAAUCUUGUGGAAAGAAGUCAUCACAUCAAAGACUCCAAAAUCAAAAACACAUAGAUCACAUGCUUUUGAAAUCCACUUCUACAAAACCACAAAAGAGGAAAUUAGACCAAUACAUAAAUGAUGGUGAAUUUACUACUAGUUAUGAAUUCACGUGUAAAGAUAAAUAUGGUAGUGAAAAUGUCAAAGGUCAAAGAAGAAACCCAUCUCCUCUCACAUGCUCAACACUAUGGGAUGGAAAAGGGAUUAUUUUACAAGGAACACAAGAAUAUGGUUUCCUUGCUCAAAAUGAGUUAGGAAAAAAAAUUGGUAUCUAUACGGAAGACUACUCUCACCUAAGUGACUCAAAUGAUUCUAUUAAAGGAUCAGGUUAUCUUACGAACCAUGGGAGCUUGAAUAUCCAUGCAAGAGAUUUAAUGGUGGGCAAUAGUCAUUCUUGUAGUGCAAAGACAUCAAUAGAGGAGAAACCAAAAGAGGAAGACAUGGAUCUCAUUCACUCACUCAAGAACUUUUUACCUUCUAGGGGCAACCAUCUUCCAAGACCGUUUAUUCCCAUUGGACCUAGGUUUCAAGCUGAAGUUCCCAAGUGGGAGGGCACAACAAACAUAAAACAAUAUAACAAUGAUGAUUGUGUGAAGUGGUUGGGCACCCAAAUUUGGCCAAUGCCAUCUUUAUCUAAAACCAAUGCAAAAGAGUAUUGGAAAAGAUAGGCUUGGCUCAUGCUUAUGUGACAAUCCUGGAUCAGAUGAUUGUUGGUGUAAGUCUUAGAG